UCAUCGAACGAGUGUGGUGUCAUAAAUGAGCGCAAAUUUGUUGGAGUGGGGAGUCAACAGAGCAUUCGCUUGGUGUAAACGCACUCGUUUGGUGUAAACGCACAGUAAGAAGAAUACUUCUUAGAGUAUAAUAGUUGAAGGAAAAUACGAAGAGAAAAGCAAGUUAAAAUUGUAUUCAAUAUUCUGUGCAACGUUUAUUUUUCGAAUGUAUAAAAGUAAGGAUAAAAUUUAAGGAAGCAAGAAAAUUAUAUCCAUAAGUUCUAACUUUAUUUUGAUGCAUUCACAUACAUGUUGGAUAUUUCAUACAUAAAAUUUUCAAAGACUUGGAUUUAUUUCCAUGCAUUUACUCAACAGUUGCUUAAUUAUAUUUUCUGAAAAUUGGACAAUUUUCUACAAUUAAAAGAUGACCAAAUAUCAACUAGUAUCACAGGAAAUCUCCAGUGAUAAUCAUCGUUUUUACCACUGCUUUUACGAGGAAUCAUCAUGAAUGCCAGAACUCAGUUAUUUGAAUUAAGUAUGGAGGGCAGACAAGUGGAUGAAGCAGUAGCAAGUAUCUUCCAUAGUGUUCUUUUUUAUCGAAGUCUUGGUAAAUUUAAAUAUAAACAAGAAGGUAGUUACUCAGUGGGCACUGUCGGAUAUCAGGAUGUUGAUUGUGAUUUUAUUGAUUUUACUUAUGUCUGUUGCUCAUCGGUGUACCUGGAUCAAACUUUGAAACGUGAAAUCUCAGGUUUUUCUGAAGCUUUACGUUCCACUGAUAGUCCGGGUUCUGGCCAAAUAUCCUUGGAAUUCUUUCAGAAGAAGAAAAAUCGUUGGCCUUUUCAACCAGAAUGUAUACCAUGGGAAGUAUGGACAGUACGCUUGGAGCUUAUCAAAUUAGCAACAGAACAUGAACGUCAGAUAUGUAGAGAAAAGGUUGGAGACUUAUUAACAGAUAAAAUUCUUUACAUAACAGAAGUAAUGAAUCGACAUGACUAUCUACCUAAAAUGCCAAAUCAAGCUGAACUGGAUUUGAUCUUUGAUACAUCAUAUCCUGAUAUACAACCUUAUUUGUUUAAAUUAUCAUUUACAACCUCUAGCCCAUCAAGUACAACAAUGGGUAAUACAAUGAAAAAAUUGAUCAAAGAAACGUUAUCUAUUUAGUUGUUUUAGUUUUUUAAAUGUAUUUAAAUGUAUAUAUAAUCCAAAUUCAAUUUUUGGGUAAAAUAACAUUACGAAUUUUUUUUUUCAAAUUCUAUCUUUUGUAUUAAAAUAUUUGGAAUCAAAUUUAUGUAAAUCAAUUUAUAUACUUUCAUAUGUUCUUUUAUUUUGUUUUACUUAUAAUUUACCACAUUGUACGUUUUUACAUAUAUUGACUUGCAUAGAGGACUUAAAGCCUAGAAGAAUAAACAGAGUUAAUUGUAUGCAAUAUUUGAAAUAAAGUGGGACAGAGAGUCAAAUCCCAUACAUUAAAUGCCAUUUCUGACCGAUGUCUACGCAAAUUCUGUGCCGACAAUAUUUGUCAGAAAGAAAACAGGGGGAAAAAAUAUAUGUAUAUUGUAAUUGUAUAAACCUAAAAUAUUUGUAAAAUUUCUAUAGUACAAAGAAACCAAUUGUGUAUAGCAGUUACUUUUUGAGUAUAUACUAUUCUAGAAUUAUCGUCCAUUGCAUAAGUCUUCUAAGUAAUCAGUAGAUUGUGGAUUUUUAUGCAUUUAUGCAAAAUUUAAUAAUGCACAGUAUACAAAAAUAUAUGAACUAUUCAAUGUAUAUUACUUAUAAAGUUUAAUAGCAAAAAUAAAUCUUAAUUUUUUUAAUUAUGUUUAAAAAACAUGAAUUUGCAUAAAAAUCCACAGUUCAAUAAUAAGUUAUAGAUAAAUUGAUAUUUAAAUAUUUGAUCAUUUUCUUUAUCAUUUAAAAUUCUAAUUUUGAAUUCUUCUACUUCUAAUAAUGACAGCUUGUUAAUAGAGUGAAAUAUAAACUAUUUCUUGUUUUAUUUUUCUGUAAAAUUUUCUCAAAAUACAUGGCGAUUAUAAGGGAAUAGAGUAGUGUAAUGUGUUUAUUUAACAAAUUAAGAUUUAAAAAUUAAUAAAUUUGUUCUAACAUA